AUGUCUAAGGGACGCGUUCUUAUCGCUUACUCCGGUGGUUUGGAUACAUCUUGCAUUCUGGUAUGGCUCAUUGAGCAAGGAUAUGAAGUCCUUGCAUACAUGGCUAAUCUUGGUCAAGAAGAGGAUUUUGAAGCCGCUAGGGAAAAAGCGUUAAAAAUUGGUGCAAAGAAAGUCUACAUUGAGGACUUAAGGCGCGUUUUCGUUGAUGAGAUCAUUUUCCCCGCAAUUCAAGCCAAUGCCAUUUAUGAGAAUGUCUAUCUCUUGGGUACUUCUCUUGCUCGUCCCGUGAUUGCUCGUCGUCAGAUUGAAAUUGCCAUAAAAGAAGAUUGUCAAUUUGUCUCUCAUGGAUGCACUGGAAAGGGUAAUGAUCAAGUUCGUUUUGAAUUGGCAUUUUAUGCUUUGAAGCCUGACAUUAAAGUGAUCGCUCCAUGGCGCAUUCCUGAAUUCUACGAACGUUUCCCUGGUCGUCAGGCCCUUCUAAACUAUGCCGCCGAGAAAGGAAUACCAGUUGUCCAAACCGCUGCGAAACCAUGGUCCACUGAUGAAAACCUGUUUCAUAUUUCCUACGAAGCAGGUAUUCUCGAGGAUCCCAAUGUAACACCACCAAAAGACAUGUGGAAACUUACCGUUGAUCCCGAAGACGCACCCAACACACCCGAGCGUAUCUCUAUUACAUUUGACAAAGGAAUACCCGUAAAAGUUGUGAAUCAUAACGACGGCACCACGGUGACUGAUUCGCUCGAACUCUUUAUCUAUCUUAAUACCCUUGCACGAAGAAAUGGUAUCGGACGAAUUGAUAUAGUCGAGAAUCGUUUCAUCGGUAUCAAGAGUCGAGGAUGUUACGAAACUCCUGGUGGCACUAUUCUUCGUGCUGCUCACGUAGAUCUAGAAGGUCUGGUUCUCGAUCGCCAAGUUCGAUCUUUGAGAGACCAAUUCAUUACUCCACAAUUUUCACAUAUUUUAUACAAUGGUCAGUACUUUUCACCCGAACGUGAAUUCCUUUCGGCGUCUCUUUUGGCUAGUCAAAAAACAGUCAACGGAGAAGUCAAAUUGAAGCUAUAUAAAGGCAAUGUCAUCGUUGAAGGUCGUAAGUCAGAUACUGAGAAAUUGUAUGACAUGGAAGAAAGCUCAAUGGACGUUCAAGGUGGCUUCAGUCCAGUGGAUUCCGAAGGGUUUAUCAAGAUUCAAAGCAUAAGAUUAAAGAAGUGGGGUGAAAGUGCGCAUUGA